ACGCCCGCCGGCCGACCGAGCCCGCAGCCCUAGGCCGGCUGGGCCUGCGCGGUGCGGCAUGACCCGACCCUUCCGCUGUCCGACCGGCCCAUGGGAUACCAAGAUCUCCCCGGGCGAGGCGCGGCCCUGCCCCGGUGGGUGAGAGGCCGCCACAAGCCCCAACACGGCCCGGUGGCCCCGGCCCCGCCCCGCCGUACCUGCGGCGGGAGGGAGCCCGUGCGUCCCCCCGCCCCGCGCGGCGGCGUCUGCUCCUCGCUGAUCUUCUGCUUCAGCUUCUUGAACAUGAUGGCGGGACGGAGAAGAGGACUAGGCUUCCCGGCCAGCCGAUGGGGCAGCGAGGGGCGCCCGGGGGACGACGGGACCGAGUUCCACCUGCCCCUGCCCGCGGAGCCGCCGCCGCCGCCCCGCACUCGGUCCCCGCUCCCCGGGGCAGGGCAACGUCGCGGCAGCUGCGCCUGCGCGGCCAACGUGGAGCCGAGCGCCCUGGCCGGCACGGUGCGCGGCGAGGUACAAACUUCCCAGCGCAAUGCCCGGGGCCACCCCUCCCCCAAGCCCGCACUCCAGCUGCGACCGCGGCGAAGCAGCGCCGCCUCGCCUCUCUCCCAGCGGGCGCGGGAGGCGGUACCGUCCAGGGAACGGAGCUGGCAGAAAGGAGUCACCGCUUCCGUCAAGAGGGAAAACGGAGCGGUAACAACCGCCCGCAGCGGCCUCGCGGCACCUCUGCGCCGCCGUACCGUGUGACCCCGUACCUCCGCCCCGCCAGAACGCUGACGGUCUUAAAGCCCUCGCGUGACCGAGUCCUUCUAAGCCGAGAAUCAUCCCCUGCAGACCUGAGACAUCCCACAUUUCAGAAGAUUCUAUGCAAACCCUCUACUCAAGAGUGAACAAAAGACU